GAUAUGAAGAUAAUAAUAUAAAUUUUUUCUGUUAAUCCGCGAUAAAGAUAAAGAUAAUAAUCUACAUUUUUCGAAAUGGAUUUUAAAAGUUCACACGUUACAUAUUUCGUAUGUGGUUCCCCUAAGUUACCUUUCGUGACAGAUUGGUUAUUAAAAAAAGUAUAUAUAUAAAAUGAUACUAGAUUUACGUAUCGUUUUUAUAUUUUUAAUAACAAAUAUCGUUUGUUUCGCAUAUGAUUGUUUCUUACAAAAUGAUAAUUAUAGAUGCAGACUAGGAUCAAAAACCCCUUACAGAUUUAUAGGUUAUCAACAUGAUACACCUAUCGAAUAUUCAGGAUGUAAACCAAAAAAGAUUUGGUUGAUCUUAAGACAUGGCACAAGAUAUCCUGGAAAGAAAAAUGUACCUCAUAUGAUAAAGAAUUUGCCAGAAUUGCAGAAAAUUAUAUUAAAUAAUUAUAAAAUGAAUAAAACCAAUUUAUCUCAUGAUACUAUAAUUAAAUUAAGUAAUUGGAAGUUAAGAUUCACAAAGAAUGAUAUGAUGAAUCUUGCAAAGGAAGGAGAGAAUGAAAUGAUCGAUCUUGGUGAGAGAUAUCAAUCUAGAUUUCCUAAUAUUAUGCCAGAAAUAUAUAAUAAAAGAACUUAUAAGCUCAAAUAUACUGCAACACAAAGAACCGAAGAAAGUGCUAAACACUUUGCUGUUGGUUUAUUUGGUUGGCAAAAUAGUCAAAAUGUUGAAUAUCCUAAACCAAAGCAUAAAGAUCCUAUUCUAAGGUUUUAUAAACGUUGUACUCGUUGGAGUAAUGAAGUUUCGAAAAAUAAAUCUGCGCACAUUGAGAAAGAAAGAUUUUUGAAAAGUGAACUUUUGACAACUACAGUGAAAAGUGUUUCAAAAAGAAUCGGUCAUCAAAUCAAUUAUGACACUUUAGAUUUGAUUUAUGCUAUGUGUGCCUUUGAAACUGCAUGGUACAAGGAUGAAGAUUCACCUUGGUGCGAAUUAUUAUCAUUGGAUGAUUUCAAGGUUCUUGAAUUUGCAAAUGAUAUAGAAUAUUAUUGGAUCGAUGGAUAUGGAUACAAGAUCACUUAUGAACAAGCAUGUGUAGUUUUGUUGGAUAUUUUUAACUUCUUCUCGGAAGACAACGAAAGAUUAGCAUCAAUAUAUUUUACGCAUUCUGGAACUAUCCUUAAGUUUUUAGCAAGAUUAGGAGUAGCACGGGAUAAAAUUCCAUUAACGCACGAUUCAUUUCGAUUACACGUAGAUAAUAGAGCUUGGAGAACAACGUACAUCGAUGCUUUUGCAUCAAACAUAGCUUUUGUUUUGUACGAUUGUGAAUCACAAGGACCUAGUAUUCUUUUUAUGCAUCAAGAACGUGUUGUAUAUUUGCCAAAUUGUCCAAAGAAUAUGCCAUGUCCAUUGUCAACAAUGAAAGAUUUAUAUCCGAGUAACGAGGAAGAUUGUCAAUUUGAUGUUAUGUGUAAUUUGUAUGAAAACGACACGUCAUAUAUCGAUGAAGACGACAUAUGAUGGCGUCAUUCGGACGGACUCGGAUAAUAAUUAGAAUUUUAAAAAGAAAUUUUAUUCCUAUACGUAUAAAUAAAAGCAAAUUUUAAUCGGCAUCUCUCGUAUCAAGUUCUUCUUAAUUUCCAAUUAUAGCCUUUGAGUUGGUUUUAUUGUAAAAUUACGCUUUUGCAAUGUGUAGGAUAGGGUAAGUAAAUAAAAAAGAAAAAAAAAAUAAAUAAAGAGAAAAAAGAAAGAAAGAAAAAAGGAAAAAAAAGAGCAAAUAAGAAAAAAAAAAGAGAAGAGAAGGAAAAAGAAAAAAAGGAAGCAGCGAAGCAUUUGAUAAGGGUAUAGGAGCCAGUACACGCGAAGCCAGUGAUUUGCGGGUGAUCCCAUGGGUCCGAGAGACGUACUGGCCGAUAAAAUAAAUCGUUGUUCUCUCCCGAGAAUGAAAGGCAGGAGGACAAGGUUUGGCCUCGUGGAUACCUCGAACAAUAUCGUUAGUAUAUUCGUGCUUUGCCGCGUUUGCUCGGAAACGCGGUACCACAGUUCUCAGUUCUUGGAUGAACGGAAUUUAUGAUACGCCGCACAUUUAUAUUCCCACGCCUCCCAUAAAUUUUACUUUACGCGCGUGUAAGUGGCUCCACUUUUGUUCAUAGAUUCCUACGACUGUCAGAUUUAUGUCCUCGUACGUGCUAGGAUUCGAUGCUUCCUCGAAGGAACACAUAGACGUUCUUCAGGAUGGUAAGCAGUUCAACCCUUGGCCAUCGAAUAAGAGCGGGAAGGGAAAGGAAUGGAGAUGAUGGUGAAUGAGAUGGGGAGGUAGAAGGAGACGACAAGGAAAGAAGUUAAUGUUCCGAGUGAUAAUAAAAAAAAAAACGCUCGUUUACGUGAAUUCCCGUUCAUUUUUUUUUUUUUCGUUCUUUUUCUUCAAGCAUAAUUCGGGCCCCUCAUUAAAAUAAAAAA